GCUUGUUACGGCUACAGCGUUGCCAUUGGCAACGGACAACCGCAUUGACAGUUUAAUCCUAAUAUUCGCGUUUAAGGAAGUUGCAAUGCUACUUUAAAACAUACAGUGGAAUUGGUUUAAGUCAGUUGUUUUUUUAUUUUAUUAUUAUUUUGCUCGGUAGAUUUUGUUAAGGAUUUUCCUCCUCUUCAAAGUAGACAGUUGGCGUGCGGAUAAAUCGAGUUAGCGAAUUAGCUUGCAGGCUAACGUUAGCACGUCGAGCUAAUCUCCUUUGCUUUUGAUAAUCCCAGUCUCUCCUCACCAUCAUUAUCGUCUUGUAAUUCGGACGGAAAUUUUACCCACAAAUUGCGAGUGGUACGCGGCUAAAGUGGAUUGCAACUAAUGAUCCUUACAGAUUUGCAACCGGAUACUUUACCUGGAAGAUUUGCACCAUACCUUCCCCAACCUGAUAAGACAGUCCCUGGAGAAAGAAGAUGGAGCUCCACCUAAAUCGAGUUGAUUAUAUGCAGGUUGGUGUGACCUCUCAGAAAACUAUGAGGCUGCUUCCAGCAUUGGGAAAAAAGGCAACUCAAAAGGUUGCUAUUGCCGAUCACGAUGGUAUAUUGACAUGUUUUGGGAUGAAGAAGGGAGAGGCAGUGCCCGUGUUUAAAACGCUUCCAGGGCAGAAAAUAGCCAGAAUGGACCUCGGAGGAGCUGUGGGAACUCCACAGGAGAAGAUCUUUGUUUGCUCUGGUUCUCAGGUCCGAGGAUUCACCAAGAAAGGAAAACAAUUUCUCACCUUUGAAGCCAACCUCACUGAGACCAUUAAUGCCAUGAACGUCUCAGGCGCCGACCUUUUUGUUUGUGCAAGUUACAUCUACAACCACUACUGUGACUGCAAGGAUCAGGACUACUAUCUCUCUGGAGACAAAAUCAAUGAUAUCACAUGUUUGUCCUCAGAGAACCUGACUCGCCUCGUCCCGGUCCUGGCAUGCCAAGAUCGGGUUCUCAGAGUUUUGCAGGGAUCUGAGCUGGCCUAUGACAUUGAAGUCCCUGGCCCUCCAUCUGUCUUGGAAUUGUACAACAAAGAUGGAGGAGAGGAAAUCCUCUAUGGAACUACAGAUGGUAAAAUAGGAUUGGUCCAAAUUGGCGAGCACUCAGCUGCCACCAAAUGGGAGAUCGACAAUGACAAAAAGAAAGGAGGAAUUCUUUGCAUUGACACCUACGACAUUAUUGGAGACGGAGUGAAUGACAUUCUGGUGGGCAGGGAUGAUGGGACGGUAGAGGUCUAUGGUUUCGACAGCUCCAGUGAACCCACAUUACGUUUUGACCAUAUACUUUCAGAGAGUGUGACUUCCAUCCAGGGUGGCUGCGUGGGGAAGGAGUCUUAUGAUGAAGUCUUGACUGCCACUUACACAGGAUGGGUGACUGGUUUGACCACUGAGCCCCAGAAGGCUGAGGCCGGCCCUGGAGACGAGGUCAGGAUGAGUAAGGAGACCCAGUCCAAAGUAGAAGCACUCAGGGUGGAGCUGGAGCAGCUGCAGGUCAAAGUCCUGCAGGGACGAGAGCAGUACCAGCAGACCUCUCAGUCGAGCACAGCCGUCUCUGCUGUGCCCGUCUUGAGCGUUAAUGACAAGUUCACCCUCUGCCAGGACGAUGCCAGCUACAGCCUCACCCUGGAGGUGCAGACUGCCAUCGACAAUCUGCUGCUCCAGAGCGAUGUUCCCAUAGACCUGCUGGAUGUGGAUAAAAACUCAGCCGUUGUCAGUUUCAGUGAAUGUGACUCAGAGCAGCCUAAUGGGAACUUCCUCUUGGCCACGUACAGAUGUCAGGCUAACACUACCAGACUUGAGCUCAAGGUGAGGUCCAUUGAGGGACAAUAUGGUACCCUGCAGGCCUACAUUACCCCCAGACUGCAACCCAAGACCUGCCAGGUCCGCCAGUACCAGAUCAAACCUCUGUCCCUCCACCAACGCACACACAGCAUAGACCAAGACAGGCCCAUGAACAGGCUCAGUCUGGUGGGACAGUUCAGUUUUGCAGAGAUCCACUCCUGGGUGGUCUUCUGCUUGCCAGAGGUGCCUGAGAAAACACCAGCAGGAGAGAGCAUCACUUUUUAUUUCCAUAACACUUUCCUUGGCACACAGCUUGAAGCCAACUACUGCAAAGGAGAGGGUCACUUCAGGUCAGACAACAUCUCUACCAUCUCCAUACUAAGCGAUGUCCUUUCUAAAGAAGCUACCAAGAGGAAAAUCAAUCUCAACAUUUCAUAUGAUAUCAACGAUGACUCUGUGAGCCACACCCUUAAAAUGAUCCAUCCAAAGCUGGAGUACCAGUUGUUGCUGGCUAGAAAAGUUCAGCUUAUUGAUGCUCUUAAAGAGCUUCAGGUUCACGAGGGGAACGCUGACUUCCUCAUCCCAGAGUAUCGCAACAUCUUGGAUGAGUCUGCUAAACUCCUCGAGGAGUACAAGAAGCAGCCAGCGCACCUUGAGAGGCUUUAUGGAAUGAUCACAGACCUCUUCAUUGACAAAUUCAAGUUCAAAGGCCAGAAUGUGAAAACCAAGGUGUCCUCAUUAUUGGAGAUACUCGAUAAUUAUGACUUAAAUUCUCUGUUAGACUUUUUCAAUGAGGCAUGAUGUCAUACAGUUGAGAGGGUAUUUAUUUACUUGUCUUUAAGGGUCUUGAUUUGUGCUAUUUUUGUAUUAUAAAUACAAAUGUUUUGUUUUAUGAUAGUUGUGACAAGUGUCACAUUGUCAUGUUGUCAUACAGUUAUUUAGAUACUGUUUGUCCUUGCUAUGGUGUACAAUAUUUAAAUAUUUAUUAUGUCUUUUGAUAGUAUGUACAAACAAGGGUGGUGAUUAAUAAAUCACUACAAGGUUGCA